AAAGGGUUUGUUCGAGUGAGACACCCCCCACCCUUCUCCCUCUCUCUCUCUCUCUCUCUCUAAUUUCUCUCUCUUCUGUGCAGAGUCGGGGAAUUGAUGAUGGCCACACUCUCUAUCCCCUCUUAUCUUCUGUUUUCUAGUGUGCUUGGCGGAUCUCUCCACUCAAGCGAAAAAACCCAUGUAAAGAUCUCGGCCACCGCCACCCCUGCCGCCGCCACCAUCUCAUCUUGGAGAGAGAAAGGGAAUUGGAGGAGAGAAGGAGAGAGAGAGAGAGGACGGGAGGAGAGGGAAGAUAUGGAAUUCGACGAGCAUGACGACCAAGACGAGGAGAUGGAGAUUCCGGUGCACCACCACCAGGCGGCGCCGGCGCCGGUGGGCUACGACUCCCUGGGCAACCCCGGCCGGCCGAGCGGCUCCGGGGCGGUCGGGGAGGGCGGGGCCUCGGCGGCGCCGAGGAAGUCGGCGUCGGCGUCCGUGCGGUACCGGGAGUGCCUCAAGAACCACGCGGUGGGCAUCGGGGGCGCCGUCGACGGCUGCGGCGAGUUCAUGGCGGCCGGGGAGGAGGGCACCCUCGACGCCCUCAAGUGCGCCGCCUGCAACUGCCACCGCAACUUCCACCGCAAGGAGACCGACGCCGGCGACGGAGGCGGGGGCCUGGUGAGCUACCACCACCCGCACCAUCACCCCGGCCAGCAGCACCCCCAGUUCUCGCCCUACUACAGGGCCGCGCCGUCGCCGGCGGGGUACCUGCACCUGACCCCGCCGCAGCAGCAGCACCGGCCGCUGGCGCUGCCGGCGGCGUCGGGGGGCGGGCACAGCAGGGAGGAGCUGGAGGACAUGUCGAACCCCAGCAGCAGCGGCGGGGGCGGCGGCGGCGGAGGAAGCGGGCUGAAGAAGAGGUUCAGGACCAAGUUCACGCCUGAACAGAAGGAGAAGAUGCUGGGAUUCGCGGAGAGGCUGGGGUGGAGGAUCCAGAAGCACGACGAAACGGCGGUGGAGCAGUUCUGCGCGGAGACCGGCGUGAAACGCCACGUGCUCAAGGUGUGGAUGCACAACAACAAGCACACCCUCGGUAAGAAACCCUAAUUGGCCGUGUCGAAGUGGCUGAGGAUCGAUGGGGUUAGGGAUAACAUCAGUUCUUUAUUUUUCUUUCAUUUUAGGUUUAGGGUUCUUGUUAACUUUUCUUGGUUUUUCUUCUUCUUGUUUUGAGUAGAUGUUGAUCUCUUGGUGGUUUUAGCUAGUUCUUGAGAGUCUGAUAAUCAUUUGUCGUUCUUACUAGUUCUUGGAUGCUGGUGUUUGGUCGGAGAUUGUGAGGAUGAUGAGCUAGAGAGAGUAGGAAAACGUUAAUUUGAUCCCCUUGGAGGAUGGAUGGGCCAUUGCUCAUGAAGCUUAAGUUACUUUGGCAUUUCCAUUAACGUGAUUAUUAUCUCCUCCGAUCGUCA